AUGGCUACAGCAAAUAGUUCUGGGGGAAGUAUUAAUUCAGCAGCCCGUUUUUCUUCUAUAAAUGAGCUACAAAAAGAUGAAACUCCCUUAUGGUGCUAUGUCACUUUGGUGAAUAAAAAUAGAGACAUACCAGGAGGUGGAAAUAGAUAUUGGAGGUGCAAUUAUUGUAACAAAGAAUUCAAUGGCUCUUAUUCUAGAGUUAAGUGGCACUUGUUAAAAACUUCUGGCAAGGGAAUUGCUAUAUGCUCGAAAGUUGAUGAGUAUUGCCUAGCUGAGAUGAGAAAAUUACAAGAAGAUGCUGAUGAGAAGAUCAAGUCAAAGCAAGUGCCAUUACCACCCCCGGCUGAAGGUUCAUCUCCCUUAUAUCCUAUGACAAGUGAAAGCAACCAAAGCAAGAGAAGGGCAGUAAGUCCAUUAGAAAAGGCCUUCCAACAAGGGGCAAGAGAAAAUCUACAUGCUGAAAUUGCAAGAAUGUUUUAUACAGGUGGUCUAUCUUUUCAUUUGUCACGCAAUCCAUAUUUCAUUAGUUCAUAUCAAUAUGCUGCGAACAACAUCAUUCCUGGAUACAAACCUCCUGGUUAUAAUGCAUUAAGGGGUCCAUUGUUGCAAAGAGAAAGAGCUCACACAGAGAAGUUACUUAAACCAAUUAAAGGAACUUGGAGUUUGAAAGGAGUGAGCAUAGUCACAGAUGGUUGGACAGACGCUCAAAGGAGGCCUCUGAUUAAUUUUAUGGCUGUGUCUGAUGGGGAUCCCAUGUUUUUGAAGGCAGUUGAUGGAUCCAAAGAAUAUAAAGACAGACAUUAUAUGGCUGACUUGAUGCGUCAAGUGAUUGAAGAGGUCAAGCCUCAAAAUGUGGUUCAAAUAAUCACUGACAAUGCAUCUGUUUGCAAAUCAGCAAGUAGGCUUAUAGAGGCUGAGUAUCCCACUAUUUUCUGGACGCCAUGUGUUGUGCAUACGCUUAAUCUUGCAUUAAAGAAUAUAUGUGCAGCAAAAAACACAGAGGCAAAUGAGAUUGUGUAUGAUGAAUGCCAUUGGAUAGAGGAGGUUAAGGAUGAUGCUGCUUUUAUUAGAACAUUUAUCAUGUGUCAUUCUAUGCGAUUGGCAAUUUUUAAUGAAUUUAUGCCAUUAAAAUUACUUGCCAUAGCUAACACUCGCUUUGCAUCCACCAUUGUUAUGCUCAAAAGACUCAAGCUCAUUAAAACUUCACUUCGUACAAUGGUGAUAAGUGAAGCAUGGAAUGCUUAUAAGGAAGAUGAUGUUGGAAAGGCAGCCACAGUGAAAAACUUGAUCCUUAAUGACUCUUGGUGGGAUAAGGUGGAUUAUAUACUUUCUUUCACUGGACCGAUUUAUGACAUGCUUCGGAUGGCUGACACAAAUAAGCUUAUACUUCAUUUAAUUUAUGAAAUGUGGGAUUCAAUGAUAGAACAAGUGAAGGAGUCCAUCUACAAGCAUGAGAAUAAGGAGCUUUCUGAGUAUUCAGCUUUCUUUGAUGUUGUUUAUAGGAUCAUUAUUGAUCGAUGGACAAAAAGUUGCACUCCCCUUCAUUGUCUUGCACAUUCAUUGAAUCCUAGGUAUUAUACACCCCAAUGGCUUGAAGGUGCUCCCAAUAGAAUUCCGCCUCAUUUAGAUAAUGAAAUAUCAUCUGAGAGAGUAAAGUGCCUUUAUAGGUACUUUACUGAUCCUGAGGAGAGAAAGGCGGUCUUUCAAGAGUUCCCAAAAUUUGUUGGAAGUUUAGACUUCUAUUCAUCAUUUGAUUGCUUGCAAGAUAGGUGGAAUUUAGAACCUAAAGGGUGGUGGUUAAAUUAUGGUUCUUUCACUCCUAUUCUUCAGAGGCUUGCAUUGAAACUUCUAGGCGAACCGUGCUCUUCCUCUUGUUGUGAAAGAAAUUGGAGCACUUACUCCUUUAUCCACUCAUUGAAGAGAAACAAGAUCACUCCUAAAAGAGCUGAAGACUUAGUUUUCGUGCAUACUAAUCUUCGUCUCUUGUCAAGGAAGAGUGAAAAGUAUCGCAAUGGGCAAAGUAGAAUGUGGGAUAUUGGUGGAGACACUAUGGAGCCAUUUGAUGCUGUCAAUAGCCUUGAGAUGGCAAGCUUGUCACUUGAUGAACCCAUUUUAGAGCAAGAAAUUAUAGGAGAGCCUAGUAAUGUAAUGGAAAAUGAGGAUGAUGAAAUAGUCACCGUGGAUGACUUUGUUUUCUCUGGCUUACAUGUUCCCGCCAACAGCACAAACUUGUUCAAGUUUGGAUUCAAACCUGUGUUCGAUGCUCAGCUUCCUGGCCUCAACAGUCUUGGAUUCUCCAUCGCUCGUGCAGACUUUGAGAAAGGUUCAGUUGUGCCGGUGCAUUCACAUCCUGGAGUUUCAGAAAUCACUUUUCUUUUGGAAGGAAAAGUAAACUUCGGGUUCAUUUCAUCAGACAACACAGUGUGUCAGAAAUCUCUCGUGAAAGGAGAUGUUUUCGUUGUUCCUCCUGGUUUACUGCACUUUGCCUUCAAUGAAGGGGACACUUCAGGAACAGCAAUUGUAGGGUUCAGUAGUUCAAGCCCUCCGGUUCAAGUUUUGGACCUCGCACUGUUCCAAAGUAAGUUGGCAACUCAAGUGGUAGCAUCGACCACUUUGAUUGAUGCUAAUGAAGUGAAGAGACUUAAGGGUGUUUUUGGAGGCUCGGGAUGA